GGCUCCCUUUUCCUCCCCCUCCUUCGCAGAGCGGUGCAUUGUGGAGGUAACCGUUGAGGAAGCGUCCGCUGUUGACUAGCACUGUGCUGUCCUGUGCUGGGAGCUGUCCAAGGUGCUACUUCUCCGGGGAGUCCCUGCAAAACGCACGCCCUUGCAUUCGCCUGCCUGCCUUCCUUCCUGUCCGCCUCUUUCUGCCUUUUACACACGUUCUCGGCUUAUCCUCUCACUAUCUUGUUCUCCUGUCAGGAAGAGACCAUGGUGUUUGCUCCAGCAGGGGAUAAAUCUGGAAAUGAACAUGAAGAGGCAAAGCUCCAGAAUGCCAGCAAACAGAUAGUGCAUACCGCCAUUCAGCAGGCCGUAAAACAGCUUUCCCAGGAGAACCAGCAAAAGACCAAGGGAACAAACAGCAGCAUCAGCCUUCAGCUCGAAAGAGGGGAAUUAACCAAGAAGCAUGAAAAAAAGUAGAAGGCCACCAAGACUGUCCUUGAAUCCUCCAGUCUGCUGCCUUCUUAGUAUCUGCUGUCUCACUGAGACACCAUUACUACAGAUAAAAACAAACCAAAGUGUAAUCACAUAGUGAUAGAUGUAUACAACUGCAAUAGUCUGCAACUGAGACAUAGGGUUUUAAGUGCAUUAGGUAAUGUAACAAUAUUUAUGCAGUGCCUCUUAACAUUUAACAAAACAAUGCUGUGGCUACUGAAGUUGUGUCAAAUGCAAACCUUUUGUAGAGUACAGUUCUAGGUUUAGUACCUGAAUUUUUCUGCACAUUAUCAGUUUCUGUUUGCCUAGGAGAAAUCUUUCCUG